AUGUAUAGGACACCAGUCACAUCCCCCUCGAAAACCACAAGAAGGUUUUCUCAGGACUCUCCACCACCAUCAAAAAAAGAGGAAAAGAAAGAUGUAAUUAAACAGUUUAUAGAUAGACCACAGACAAAGCGCAGAUCCUUAGACGUUAAGAGAAAAUACGAUAGCAAACUCAAAAAUGAAAUGCAAAAGGAUAAUACACAGGAUUUACUAAAAAAGGCAAUGACAUUCUUCGAAGAAACUGCGGAAACGGUCUAUGGACAGAUGAGGAGGGACGUGAAAACGAAAUUGGAGGAAAUAGCAGAUCAAGGACUGGGCAUAAUGUACGAGAUUGGUAGAAGAUCAAUGGAAGGACAAGACAAAACGGAAAAGGAAGAAAGUAAGGAAGGAAUAGAGGAACAACUAAGAGAAUUAAGAGAGGAAAUGAAGAGAAAUAUGGAAGAAUGGAGAAAUAAAAAGGAAAAAGAAGAGGAGAAAAAACAAGAAGUAGAAGAAAUUAUAAUCAGUAUGAAAGAAGAAAUAGGAGGAAUAAUAAAGAAGAUAGAAACAUCAGAGGACAAUAUAAUAGCAGAAGUUAUAGACCUAGAGAGGAAAAUGAAGGGAACGGGAAGAACCCACAGAAAUACAGAUAAAGAGAAAGGAAGAGAGGAAGAAAAAGAAGGAGGUGGAAGUGGUGAACAAAAAAUAGAGGAAAUAAAGGAAGCCAUAGAAGAACUCAAAGAUAUAACAACAAAAGGAAUAAAAGAAAUAGGAGAGAAGCAAGGAAAUUCACAUGAAAAAAUAAGACAAAUGGAAUAUUGGGUCAUGUCAGCAUAA